AUGAAGGCAAACAUCCUUCUCUUCAGUUUUGCGGCAAUUAUUUCUCUCUUCUACACUGGGUACGUGCAUGUCUAAUACGUUCCAUGAAGCCUGUCCAGGCGAUAAUGAUUCCAACAUGUUUCCUUUGUAAUUUUAUAGAAUAUCUAGCAAGCGGUCAGAUUUUGCUCUUUUUAUUUUUAUGUAAUCAGUUGUCAAAGUACUCGUUUAAAUAUCAUGGGUAUGGUUGGGUAAACCACAUGGCCGCGAUGCGAAUACGAUAUGCCGACCCUUGAAAACGAAGAAAUGUGACACAUUUUAUGUCUGCCACAGUUCCCUUUGCCUUUUUGAGUUCUCAAUUAACAGCACCGUUUGUGAUAGAUAUUUCUACAAUAAAACUGCAGCUGUUAUUAGUUGUUUUUUGUCGACGGACACCCCCCAGUAUGAGUUUUAUAUGAAACAGACCUCAGUCGCUCAAUAUGUAGGUUGUAUUGGUGAAGAAAAUCCAAAAAGCAACAUAAAUUGUUCUCCCUGCCGAAAACACGUUCUCUGAAAAUACAAUAAUGCUUCAAGCAAAACCUUUAAAAUUACCAUCGAAUUGUCAUUGGUGUGUUUUCUGGGAACCAUUGCAUUUCCAUCACAGGCGUGCAGAGAUCCGCGUAAGAAUGGCGUUUCAUAAAGGCGAAAUCGUUUGAAAUAAGGCCUUUUAAUGUUACAACUGAUGAAUAACUGAAAGUGUAUGAAUGACAAGGGUGUGACAUCAGCAAUUUUGUAUUCCAGUCGUGGAGAAGAAAUUUGCUCUUGGAGCCAACGGAUCAUUCCAAGGAAUGCCACCGGGGACAUUACACUGGAGGUGCCAAUAAUGAACAAAUAUAAGGUGCGUUAACUACUUAAAAUAAUCUGUGUAUCAUGAUUUACUACGGCACGUCUCUGUUGACGUAAAUUGCAUGUCACGCUUUGCACAGCUUUUUGGCUAGUAAUUUAAUUAAAAUUGCUUGCAUAUGUUAAAGGGGGGAUAUAUUGGAAAUGAAACAUUAUGGGCAUUCGCUCGGGACAAUGGAUGGUGUUCGUACAGUGGGGGCGGCUUCGUCUGUACCAACACUACACGUACGAACAUUUUACAUCUUUACAUACCAUAACUAAUUUCCCUUGUUUGAAAAUCCCUUUGGAAUAUAUCUCGAUGUCUAUACGUUAAUAUCAGCACAUAGACUUGAAAAACGCGCUUACACUUUUUGGGUUUUUGCACCGCAUGCACUUAAUACACAAACGUCACGAUGUCCUGUAUUAAAACAAGCAAUGUCUGUGUUCGCCCUUCCCUUUAAGACGAUGGUUAUGAUGCGACGAGUCUAACUCUUUCGAACGUUGAGGAAAUCUCCUACGUCAUGCUGGAAAGCGAUUAUCCAAUAACAAUUCACAAAUCUGGGGAUAAGAGCUUCCGUACGUUUUCCUAUGUCACACCUUGAAAUAAGCCUUCUUUUUUGCAAACUGUGCACGGUUUGCCAGUGUAGAAAACAAUCAUUUCUAACCAAAUCAUUUACUUGUAGUUGGCUUCCAUGCGAAGGAGGGUACAGGGCUGGAUAUCUGCACGAAUAGAAAAUACGCUCAAAUUAAAUGGUUUUUCAAUGGCAACGAAUCGGACCUACAGGAUGUGAGUCAUGCAUGCACGUCUGCUGGUUUCAAUAAUCUGAAAACAAAUGAAAAUACUCACGUAACUAUUGUUUGCAUUAAAAGAUGAGUUGCUAUGAGGAUCAUAAGCUUGUCUGCUCGGGAUUGCGACCAGUGGGCGCAAGAAAGGAUAAAAAAUGCGGUAGGUGACCCGCCUACUCCCUUUCUUAUUCCCUAUACAUACUUAGAUGACACAUCAAAAUAAUCAUUAAUUUAGUUUCCAUAACAAAACACUGGCCAUUCGCGCACGUCCACUCUGAAUCGAAAGUGAGUAGGACAAAAUAGAUUACCUAUAAAAAAAUUUUACUUCGGCAAAAACUACUACAAUAAAAUCGAAAGCGUCGUUACGCGCAACUAAUGGAAGACGAAGAUGAGUUCCCCCGAAGAAUUUGUGCCGUUUACACAGGGCUUAGCUAAUGCUGAAGUCUCUGGUCUUUUAACUAGCGAAGCAGCAAAAGGGUCAUGAAGGCACACGUAUGCGCCUUGGAAAUCCUUAGGGUUUCUUAUUUUUGGCGUCUGUCUCACAGAUUUGAGUUUCGUAGGCGAAACUGGUAUUUGCCAAUUUGAUAUUUAAAUAAUUCACCUGUUAAGCCUCCCUGCUGACAGAUUCUCAGGUAGUUAUGCAUUCGGUAAUUCAAAAAGCACAUUCGCAUCGGACUAAUGCGAUUUUAACAAACUUUUCUUUUAUUCCAUACAAAUUCCUCCUGUUCAGUAACAACGCCAAAGAGCGGUAUUUUAUAAUGUUCUUCUGUAAUUAUUUAGGGCACACCAAAGAGGACGGUCGUAUUGAGUUCCGUUAUACUUUUUUUAAAAAGGGUGUGUCAAAAAACUUCUUCUACUGCUACACAAACAAGGAAAAGACUAGAGCGCUGACCUAUAUUAUCGACUGGAGAGGUUAGUUUGCGACAUCCCUGGUGAAUUUUAUGAGCUGUUGAAUUACCUUUUGAACAUUCUGAACGCAGCUGUUAGAAGAACACUGUAAAGUAUUAUAUAUUGAUUGUGCUAGGAACUGCAUACAGAAAAAAAACAAUGAGAGAUUUACCAACAGACGCAGUAGAACGGAUUAGUAUUACACAGCGACAGUCCUGAAACUAUCCGCGAUGUGAAGAUAAAUCCAUUCAAUAAGGAUAGAAAAAAAAGCUACUCACUUAUAAGCAAGCCAAAACGAUGACGUAUACAUAAAAUUAAGAAGAAUAUUUAUUGGUUUUAAUGCGCAUGUCAGUACUAGAUAAAAGAUUUAAUGCUCCAUUUUAACACCUAAUAAUUAAUGCAGGUUGAGAUUCAUGCUUAAAAAACAGCACAUUUUCCCACGUGUAGUCCUCAAACUUUGUCAUAUUAGUGCAUAUAUUCAGACGAUGAAAGGGUGGGGUAUAAUGCAUUCAGUCUUUAGGCAUAUGCGAAGGUUGUAAGAAAACUGAUGAGUGCUAGUGUCUAAAAAUACCGACGAAAAAACUGAAAAGGUAAUGAUAUAGUGUGAGUUGCUUACAUAAGACCAGCGAAUUGAAAAAUAAGCAAAAAAGAUUCCCGUGAAAGUUAUUAAACAAUUAAAUGAAAAACCAAAGUACAACACUUAAAGAUACGAAUGAGAUGCAAAAUACUGCGUCGAAACAAUCUCCCGUAUCACGUGGCAGUUGAUGAUUUCAUCCAAAGAAUGAUUUCCAUUUUAUAGUUUCUACUGAUUCAGCACACAAUCCAGUCAUCCCUAAAGAAAAGAUGUAUGAGACAGACAAUUCGGGGGCUGGAAGUUUAAUAGGUAUGUCCGAGCUAGAGGGCCAUUCCAAUGCUCCUCAUGCCGCAAAAGAUAAUUGCAGCUUGACAGUUUUACUGGAAGAAAAACAACUUAUUCUUUCUGUCUCUCCAACUUUAUUUCAUCUGCCACUUUGUCACAGGAAGAAGGCGCGGGCUUUUCAUGUGCUACCUUUUUAUGUAUGUACGAAGUGGUUAGAAAACAGUUUAGUGGUAGAGUUUAAAAAUGUUGUCUAAACAACUCCAUCUCGCGUUGGUUUGAAUGACUUGCCUAAAUAGGACUGUCGUUGGAAACCUACGGAAACAUCAUUGGGCAACUGAAUGCCUAAUCAAAAUUAAAUUAUUAAUGGCACGACUGGGAUGCAAUGCUUAUUACUGAGACGUGUGAUUUUGUGCUUAUACGUCUUGCAUUGUGUUGUGGCAGUUGCUGUUUUUCUUUGAAAGAAUGAUUUCCAUUUUCUAGUUUCUACUGAAUCCGCGCCCAAUCCAGUCAUCCCUAAAGAAAAGAUGUAUGAGACAGACAAUUCGGGGGCUGGAAGUUUAGUGGGUAUGUCCGAGCUAGAGGGCCAUUCCAAUGCUCCUCAUGCCGCAAAAGAUAAUUGCAGCUUGACAGUUUUACUGGAAGAAAAACAACUUAUUCUUUCUGUCUCUCCAACUUUAUUUCAUCUGCCACUUUGUCACAGGAAGAAGGCGCGGGCUUUUCAUGUGCUACCUUUUUAUGUAUGUACGAAGUGGUUAGAAAACAGUUUAGUGGUAGAGUUUAAAAAUGUUGUCUAAACAACUCCAUCUCGCGUUGGUUUGAAUGACUUGCCUAAGUAUGACUGUCGUUGGAAUCCUACGGAAACAUCAUUGGGCAACUGAAUGCCUAAUCAAAAUUAAAUUAUUAAUGGCACGACUGGGAUGCAAUGCUUAUUACUGAGACGUGUGAUUUUGUGCUUAUACGUCUUGCUUUAUAUUGUGGCAGUUGCUGUUUUUCAUCGAAAGAAUGAUUUCCAUUUUCUAGUUUCUACUGAAUCAGCGUCCAAUCCAGUCAUCCCCAAUGAGAUGCUGAAUGAGACAGAAAAUUCGGCUGCUGGAUUCGCAAUGUGUAUGUCACAUCUCUAAUGCCAUUUCUUUGCCUUUUUCCCUAAAAUUUAUUGCUGGUUUUCGGUCUUACUGAAAGAACAACAGCUUUCCCUUGGCGCCUUCCUGUAACGUUUUUUCGUUUGCAUUUCCUUCCAAGGCAUAUAUGCGUGUGCUUAAGAAACUGUUUUGCGAUAGUUUUUAUAAAUGUUGAUUUAUCACAUGCUCUUUUCCUGGUUUUGAUUGAGUUGCCUAAAUAUGUUUGCUGUAGUGUUUCUAUGAACGAUUUAUUUCCAUAUUAUAGUUUUUCCUGUAGUGCCGUCCAGUCCUGUCGCUACUACGCAGAUUUUGAAUGAGACAGUCAGUUCGGGGGCUAGGAGUUUAACGGGUUUGUAAGGGCUAGGAGCCAAGUCUAUUGCUGCUGUAGCUUUAAAAAAUUAUCCCAGAAAGGGACAGCGAAUUUCAAAACCACGAGCCAUUCCAGUCAACCGUCUUUCAGCGCUUCAUUGUUUUUAUGCUAUAUCAGACCGUGAAAGCAAGGCGUUUUGCCCCUUACGCCCCUAGGCAGAUAUGCAGGUGCUUAGGUGACUGAUCAGCGAUAGUGUCUGAAAAUUCUGACUGAACAAAUUUUUCUCGUAUUGGGUUUGAAGAAUUAACCCGAGUAUGACAAGUGAUUUGAAAUUUCAGUCCUUUAAUUCUAAGCAAAAACCAUUUGUCCAUUGAAGACCGAUAAAUGUAGGAUUUUUGACGAUAUUAAUAAAAUUAUUUUGACUGUGACACUUUAAAAAUCUGUUUUCAUCUGUAUUUCUCCUCCUAGAUGCAGCGGGUCUCAUCUUAUUUAAUCUCGGGAUGUUCCUGAUGUAA